UAGUUCACCUGAUCUGUCUAAUAUUUGUUAUUAAUAUUAGUGGAUAUCAGCCCCAUGAGGCAUUCUGAUGCAGAUUUGGAUUGUUCUCUACUUGUUUUGAUAUUCCAAAUUAGCUUUCCCUUUUCAAUUUUUGUGUUAGGUCUAUAGUCUGAUUCACCCUGAUCCAGGAUAGCUUAUAACACACUAUGUUUCUCUGUAUUGCAAAAUAAUCCACUUGUGAUCAUACAUCUGGUAGAAUCAUCACAGUCGGUUUUAGUGUGGAAAGGGUGAACUCUCUUUAUACCACUGAUCUGAAAAUCAUUCCAUGUAUGGAUCGAAAACAUAUCUAAUUAAGGAACCACAAAAUAGUGUACAUUUGAUUGAGUUUUCAGAAAACAGAAAAUUCUGAGAAAUGAGAACCUAAAUCCACUUGUCAACUCUGCGCUACCAAACAUUCUAAGCAUCCAUCUGCUUACAUAAGUCAAAUUCCAACUCUGUAAGUCUAUGAGUGUCAUUCUCUCAUAUAUGUGUGUGUGUGUGCUGUGCCUUGUUGCACAUUUACAGUUUGAAAACUAAUGAAAACUGAACAACAAUCUUAACAACAACGUUUAUGCAUUCAAUGAGUCUUGGCACCAUUGCUGAUACAUCAUGGUACAUCUCACUUUUAAUUUGAAGCAGGUGACUGAGCUGACAUGCGGAGGUGUGGUUAUGUCUUGCACCACAGACCACAGAAUCUGUGAUUUAUACUCCACCAACAUGUUUCUUGAAGCAUGGGCAGAGAUGGCUAGAACAGGCACCAUAUCUGUGAUGCCGAGUUUCCGGCGCUCACUUCUUAGCCCCCGCCGUCCCGGAUUGUCCAGCAAAUUGAUUGAUCAUGAGACCUAUGUUGCUCUACCACCAUCAUUGCCGCCAGCUGUUUCCCAUGUGCCGUCAGUUGGCAAUCAAGUUAGCCGGAUUUACCUCAUGAGAGCGCAGGACAUGGAAAAGAUUCAGGCUCUUGCUAGCUACCAUGGGGCCAGGAGGAGCAAACUAGAAGCACUGAGUGGGUGCCUGUGGAAGGCAGUAGCAAAGACAGCCAGUUCUGGGGAUACAUGCAAAUUGGGAAUAAGCGUCGAUGGAAGAUCAGCAUUGAUUCAGGAUGGAGGAUCAAGGGCCGCAAUGGACAGAUACUUUGGCAAUGUUCUUUCCUGCCCACAUGGAGAAUUAGAUGCGGAUGAGCUGAGGAAGAGGCCUUUGAGUUGGGUUGCAGACAGAAUUCAUGAGUUUCUUGAAACUACAACGACCAAAGAAUAUUUUCUGGGGCUGAUAGAUUGGUUCGAGGCCAGCAGGCCUUACCCUGUCUUGCCAAAGGUAUUCUGUAGGGGCAGAAAAGAUGGGCUCUCUUUGGUAGUUUCCCAUGGAAGGCCUUUCCACGUGAAGAAACUGGACUUUGGUUGGGGGAAACCGGCUGUUGGAUCUAUCUACUUCCCAGAUGAUAGCUGUGUAGGCUAUGUUAUGCCACUACCAACCCCAUCUGAGAAUGGGGAUUGGGUGAUCUUCAUGAACGUCUUUCAGCACCAGUUGGAAUCUAUUGAAGCAGAGCUUGGGGAUGUACUGCACCCACUUAGUGUCGAACACCUCAACUGAAAUGGCUAAUCAACCGAUCUUGCAUAUCUACAUUGUACAUGUUCAUCAUAAAGCUAAAUACAUACAUAGUUCUUGCACCCAUAAAAUGGUCUUCCUACAUUAGGUUCAUGUUGUACCAUAAAAUACAUAGAAGCAAUUAAAUGAUGCACUAUUGAGUGAUAUAGGUGGUUAAGAGUAACUAAAGAACAAGAAAUUGGCUACCUGGUAAACAAGUUAUUCUCUAACUACAGAUACAAGGUAAGUAGAUUGGCUACCUGAACUUUGCAGGUUUCAAGGUCCUCAUCGCAUGAAAACUUAGACAAGUUUUUUACUUUAAAUCUUUAGAUGGGUUACUGAGUUGAUAAAUUAGUGCAUAGCUGUAAGAGAUUGAGAAGAAACAAAAUUGCCAUUAAGCAAAUUAAGAUGCAGAAGCUUAAGAUAGCCUAGCUAGAUUAGGAUAAAUGACUCCACCGGGGCUUGGGAGAUUGAAAAUGCCGACGCUCACGGUCCCAAAAGUAACCAAGUAGGCUUUACUUGGCUGCAAUAUCAGCUGCCCUUGUGAUUGCGUCAAGGAAAUCCUUUGCACUUGAAAUCACUCCAACAAUAAACAUAAAAAAUUCCAGACCUGGAGCAUAGUAUCUAAACAUUGGUAUACAUGAAUAAUCAACAAAUUGAGCAUUAGCAACUUACAUCUUUGUUCAGAUAGAAAACACAUGACGACAAAUACCAGUUCAACAAUCACAUAAAACAAUCAGAUAGUCGUAAUGUAAGUAAUUUCAAAUUAGACAGACAUGGCAUGUUCUAGUAUUAAUUAUACACCUAAUAAAAGAAAAAGCUUCUCCUAUGAACGCGUUUAUCUUUAUCAUGAUCUGUUAUCCCAUUUAACGAAAAAGGUAGUUUAAUCUUUUCAUAUAUGACCAUGCAUCUAUAUUUUAGAUUUCAUCAUAAAGUACAAUCUCUUAUCACUUUUAGAGAAUGCUAUUAAAUCUCCAACUAGAAAGUUAACGUGGUGAUGCUGAAUGGCUGCCAUGUGCAAUGCAUCAGAAAGUCCAAAUUUCUUUUGUCAUGCAUAAUUUUUCAAUUGGGUGCCCCAGUAUAAGUACACUAUGCCAUCUUGGCAUCUUCUACCACAAAAAUUAUGUCUGAAGAAGUUCAGUGAGCAGAAGGUAAAUAGAACCUCUGAUUGAUAUGGAAACAACAUAAAUCGUAAUAAAAGGGCAAUUGCUUGGAUGCACAAGAAAAAGUUUGUGAGUGAAAUUCUCUCGACUUAUAAAAUGAUGGUACACCUUCUGGCGACUGAACCAACAUCCAGCAAGUGCGCAUCACGGUUUCUCUCAUUAUUUUUUAUGUGCAAAAAGGGCAGAGAGACUUACCUGG